UGUUACAUAACUUAGCACGUGUCCGUGUUGUAGUUUGAAAAAUUCCAUCAGGCUUCAAAGAUUGCUACCAAACUUGCUAGUUUAGCUUCAGAAGCAUCAGGAGUCAAUUUCACCAGCAGAUUGAAUGUAAUGAAAGAGUUGGUUUCUGCUUGGGAAAAUGGACAAGAAGUGGAACUGAUCAGUGAUUCAACUGAAGGAGAGAAACAUGAUGAGGUCUUACAACUACUGCUUAAUCUUGACAAACCUUUGACAGCAGAUGAUCAUUCACUAAAAUCAGACAAAACAAACUUUGCAAAGAAUAAAGCAGUAUGUGCGCCUACUCAAAAUAUCAUUGUUCAGGAGCCAAGAAGUGUUACAGUUAGUGAAUCACAACCACUCUCUCAUCCAUCAGAAACUCUCUCAUCCGAAGCAACUACCUCUAACUAUGACAAACGAAAUUUACAAAAUCUCCAAAGUAUUUUAAUGCCUCCUGUUCUUCGAAAACGUGGCCGUCCAAAAGGCCAUGAAUUGACUGUGAUUGGUUUACCGGCUAAGAAGAAAGCAAAGUCAGGAAAAGUACAACCAUUCAUUAAAUUACACAUAUCAUUGAAAGAGAGAGUCAUGUUAGCAUGGUUUGUGGAUGACAAUAUAGCAGCUGCUGCACUACAAAAUCCCAAGACGCUGAUCAAUGAAUCAGACAUCGAAGUUCAGCAAGAAAACAUCUCUAAUGCAGUCCUUGAUGACAAUGUUGACUUGCACAUAAUUCGAAAGUUUUUCACCGAUGAUGCCUGGCUACUACUUACAGAUGUUGUCAAGCAGAAACGUAAACAUUGCAGUUAUGUCUGCCAAGUUUGCUUUCACAACUUGGAUGAGGAAGCAUCAAUUUUGUGUGACCAUUGCCUCUUGUGGUCCCACAUGAGUUGUAUUGGUCUUAAAGAAAGACCCAAAUCAAAGUGGUGGUUUUGCCGAAGCUGUCACAAGACUAGCAAAUAAGAUAAACUGGUUGUAGAGGCAACCGUUGCUAUGUAAAUUAGACACGUGUGUGUAUUAUGUGCAAGCUAUGCAGUGUUGUUUGACUAUAUAUUAAGAGCAAGAUCUGGCAGAGCAGAUGACAGAAUCAUGUAAUGCUAUUUUACCAGUAUCUUUUUA